AUUUUUUCAGGUACCUGAGGCCAUCCUGCAGUACCUAUCUGGUAUUGGUGAGACUCCUGACUGUGGCCCAUGGGCCUCUGAGGAGGCAUCAUAAGUCCGCCCAGCUCCCCACUUGCUGUGCUCCCACUCAAUGGGAAGGGAACCAAGGCCUUGUCCCACCAUAAACCACGGCCUCUUGACAAUACCGGGAUGGAAGUCAAAGGUCAGCUGAUCAGUUCUCCCACUUUCAAUGCCUCAGCUGCCCUGUUCGGAGAGGCUGCCACCCAGGUGAAGUCAGAGCGUCUGAGGGGACUGCUCGACCGGCAGCGGGCUCUGCAGGAGGCUCUGACCCUGAAACUUCAGGAGCUACGCAAAGUGUGCCUCCAAGAGGCGGAGCUAACUGGCCAGCUGCCCCCUGAGUGCCCUCUGGAGCCUGGUGAAAGGCCCCAGUUGGUCCGCCGGCGGCCCCCUGCAGCCCGAGCCUACCCUCCACCGCUCCCCAACCCAGCACACCACUCCUUGUGCCCUGCUGAGGAGCUGGCUCUCGAGGCUCUGGAACGCGAGGUGUCAGUACAGCAGCAGAUCGCGGCAGCUGCCCGCCGCCUGGCCUUGGCUCCUGAGCUGAGUGCCGAGCAGCGCCGGCGCCGACGCCAGGUCCAGGCAGAUGCCCUUCGGAGGCUGCAUGAGCUGGAGGAGCAGCUCGGGGACCUCCGAGCCCGCCUAGGUCUCCCGGUGCUCUCACUGUCCACAGGGGCAGUUAUCACCACCCAGGGUGUCUGCUUGGGCACACGUCUCGCUCAGCUCAGCCAAGAGGAUGUAGUUCUGCACUCGGAGAGCAGCUCCCUCUCAGAGUCUGGGGCCAGCCAUGAUAAUGAGGAACCUCGUAGCUGCUUCCCUCUGGCUGAGCGCCCCUCGCCACCUAAGACCUGGGACCAGCUGCGGGCAGUAUCUGGGGGCAGCCCUGAGCGGCGUACCCCAUGGAAACCACCCCCGUCAGAUCUUUAUGGGGACCUGAAGAGCCGACGGAACUCUGUGGCCAGCCCCACCAGCCCCACACGCUCGCUGCCCAGGAGUGCCUCCAGUUUUGAGGGGCGAAGUGUGCCUGCCACCCCUGUCCUCACCCGGGGCACUGCCCCCCAGCUCUGCAAACCUGAAGGCCUCCAUUCUCGCCAGUGGUCUGGCAGCCAGGACUCCCAGAUGGGCUUUCCCCGAGUGGACCUGGCCUCGGACCACCGCGCCUCGCUCUUUGCAGCUCGCACCCGCCGCAGCAACAGCUCUGAAGCCCUACUAGUGGACCGGGCAGCUGGGGGGGGAGCAGGCUCCCCACCUUUGCCUCUGGCUCCCCCUGCCACUGGUCCCCCAGUCUGUAAGAGCAGUGAGGUGCUGUAUGAGCGCCCCCAACCAGCCCCUGCCUUCUCCUCCCGCACAGCUGGUCCCCCAGAUCCUCCCCGGGCUGCCCGGCCAAGCUCAGCUGCCCCUGCCUCCCGUGGGGGCCCCCGGCUCCCACCUGUGUGUGGGGACUUCCUCUUGGACUAUUCCCUUGACCGGGGCCUGCCCCGAGGAAUUGGUGGGCCAGGCUGGGGGGAGCUGCUGCCUGCAGCUGAGGUCCCAGGACCCUUCUCCCGCCGGGAUGGGCUCUUCACCAUGUUCCCAGGCCCACCACCUGUGUAUGCAGCGGACGGCAGUAGCCCCCUCCUCCGCAGCAAGGACCCCCACACCCGUGCCACCCGCACCAAGCCCUGUGGCCUGCCCUUGGAGGCUGCAGAGGGUCCAGAGGUGCAUCCAAACCCUCUGCUAUGGAUGCCCCCACCCACCCGUAUCCCUCCAGCUGGCGAGCGCAGUGGCCACAAGAAUCUUGCUCUGGAGGGGCUACGGGACUGGUACAUCCGGAACUCCGGACUGGCCUCGGGGCCCCAGCGCCGGCCUGUGCUCUCCCACAUGGGCCCGCAACACCCACCCUUCCUCCAUGCCCGCUGCUAUGAGGUGGGCCAGGCGCUGUAUGGGGCCCCCAGCCAGGCACCCCUCCCGCAUUCGAGGAGUUUCACGGCGCCCCCUGUCUCCAGCAGAUACUACGCGGACUUCCUGUACCCCCCGGAGCUGAGCGCUCGUUUAAGUGACCUGACGCUAGAGGGGGAGCAGUCCUCCAGUUCUGACCCUCAGACCCCAGGGACACUGGUCUGACCCCUUCUGAUAUGCCCCUUGUUGGCCUGGGCAUCACUUCAGUCUGGGGAGCACACAGCUGACCUCGCUGAGCCCUGGGGUAUGGUUGCUCUUGGUCCUGGGCUGCGGGGGUGGGGGUGCUCCAACCUGAUCUUCCAAGGGCCCUGGCUCCCUGUGGGCCGGUGUCUGAUGUCCUGCUUCUCCUCUCAUACUGUGCUGGGAACUGGGGGCCCUCAGCCAGCUUAAAGAGGGGGGUGUAAUGGGGGCUCUAGGCCCCUUCCUCCAUUUCUGUUUACAGUUGUGAUUUAGGUUUUCACUGUCUUUCCCCAACACUAGAUGUUUUAUAAAAGGGAAACUGUGAUCUCAUCUGGUUGGGUUCAUUCCUGUCCCAUGCCCAGCCUGUUCCAUUCAGGAACCCCCUCCAUGAGACGGACCAUAUAGAGUCACAGGGUCCUGUUUGGGGCAGCUAGGGACUCUGGUGUGAACAGAACUACCACCCCCUACCAGGGCUGUUCUUGGGGAGGUGAGCUCUCCGCCCACAUUUGGUGGGGGGCUUGGGUUUGUUUUCCCACCCCAGGGGUGCAGGAAGGAGCCCCAGUCCCUGUCUGCCUGUCUGUGCCCGCUUCCUCUGCCCCCAGAGUGAGAUGGCCCAACCUUUGGCCUCAGUCUCUACCCUGACUAUUCCUACUCUGGAGGCUCCACAGGAGGGCCCAAGGACAGAGCUAUCGGGUGUGUUAUGUCCUGGGAUGCUGCUGUGGUGGAAUCUGGCACCUGGUAGAUGCCAGUAAAAUCCUCAGGUGACGCCUGGCCACAGGCUGCGUCACAUCUUCCUUGACUUUCCUUCCACCUACCACUUUUUAAACAAA